UGAGUGGAGGCCAGUAGAGGGAUUGGCAGAGAGGGGUGGAGGACACUGAGUGGAGGCCAGUGGAGGGAUUGGCAGAGAGGGGUGGAGGACACUGAGUGGAGGCCAGUGGAGGGAUUGGCAGAGAGGGAUGGAGGACACUGAAUGGAGACCAGUGGAGGGAUUUGCAGAGAGGGGUGGAGGACACUGAGUGGAGGCCAGCGGAGGGAUUGGCAGAGAGGGGUGGAGGACACUGAGUGGAGGUCAGCGGAGGGAUUGGUAGAGAGGGGUUGCAGAUACAGAACGGUCGGCCAAUGAGGAGGGAGUUACAAUAGUCAAAGCGAGAGAUAACCAGGGAGGGAAUAAGUUGCUUAGU